AUGUCGGUUCUUUUGGAAACCAGCUCGGGCGACAUCGUCAUUGACCUCCUGGUCGACUACGCGCCCAAGCUGUGCGAAAAUUUCCUGAAGCUCUGCAAAGUCAAGUACUACAACUUCUCGCCCAUCCACUCCGUUCAGAAGAACUUCUCCUUCCAGACCGGCGACCCCCUGGGACCCUUGUCGAAGGAAUCCGAUGGCGGGACGUCGAUAUGGGGCCAUCUGUCGGGCGACGGCUCUAAAAAGAUGUUCCCGGCCUUCUUCCAUCCAAAGCUGAAGCAUCUCGAGCGAGGAACCGUGAGCAUGGCUACGGCGCCCUUGGAUUCCGACCCGGAUACCCGCGUAGCGGCCUCGCAGUUCAUUGUCACUCUGGGCGACGAGACGGAUUACUUGGAUGGAAAGGCUGCCGUCUUUGGCAAAGUCGUCGAGGGUUUCGACGUCCUCGAAAAGAUCAACGAGGCCAUUGUCGACGACAAGGGACACCCGCUCAUCGACAUCAGGAUCAAGCACACAAUCAUCCUCGACGACCCGUAUCCUGACCCGCCCGAGCUUCGGGAGCCCAGUGCUUCGCCGCCUCCCACCAAGUCACAGCUCGACACAGUCCGAAUCGCGGACGAGGCCGCCCUGCACGAAGAUGAUGAUCUGGACGAGGAGGCUAUCGAGAAGCGGCGGAGGGACAGGGAGGCACGGGCGCAGGCUCUCACUCUGGAAAUGAUGGGCGACCUGCCGUUCGCCGAAGUCGCUCCCCCUGAGAACGUCCUCUUCGUCUGCAAGCUCAACCCCGUCACGACGGACGCGGACCUGGAGCUUAUUUUUGGCCGCUUCGGCAAGAUCCUCAGUUGCGAGGUGAUCCGCGACGCCAAGACGGGCGACAGUCUUCAGUACGCCUUCAUCGAGUAUGCUGACAAGGCGUCUUGUGAGGCGGCCUACUCCAAGAUGCAAGACGUUCUGAUUGAUGACCGCCGUAUCCACGUCGACUUCUCGCAAAGUGUGAGCAAAUUGAGUCAGGUCUGGAGAGACGAUACGAACCAGAAGCGUAGAAAGCACGCCUCCAGAGGCGGCUGGGGAGGUGUCGACGAGCUCGAAAAGAGACGACAAUACCGCGACGAGUAUGAGCGAAACGGGGACAACUACGACCUUGUGAUCGCCGCCCUGAGCCAGAGCGGCUACCAGAGCAGGACAGAGAUCGGCGGGACAAAGAUCGCCCUAGAGAAGAACGGGAACGUAGGCGAAGCCGAAGUCCAGGCCGUCCAAGAGCCAGGGAUAGGGACAGGGACAGGGACAGGGACGAAAAAGGGGAUAGAGAUCGUUAUCGAUCGGACCCCCGGGGUUCCGGACGACGGUACGAUCACCAAGACCGACGACGGGACGAUGAUGACCCUGGUCGCAGAGACCGCAGAGAUUGGGACAGUCGGAACCGAGGCAGGGAUCGAGGCUCGGAGAGACGAAGAUAGCAGCAGCAUUAGCAUCGGCAACAACAUCGGCGCAAACCAUGCAUCUCAUCAUUCGUCGCUUUUCGUCCACGGCAACAAAAGACAGUAUACCCAUCCGCCGGUGGUCAGCUCACAGUUUGCGGCUCGCAGCUCGCAGCAGCAGCAGCAGCAACAGUAG